AGCCGGUCCUGCAUGCGCAAGGCGCUGGGCAAGAGGAGGAUCAAUAACCGCGCUCUUGAUCGUGUUUCCUUCCCCUCGCCCUCUGCUUCUUCUCUUUUUCCUCCUUCCUCUGAACCUUUUCUGGGCUUCAAUCUCCCCCGUCCCCACCAAUUUGACCUACAAACGCCUUGCGCUCGUUCCCACGUACCUUGUUUUCGUGUACCUGUUUCUUCGAACAUUGUUAGCACAUCCUCUUCUCUAUCUCAGGGUCGGAACUAUUCCGUGAGCAGAAGAUAUAUCUCUGACAAGUCCCACGCGAACUCAAGCCAUCUGACAUCUCGACCCAUCCGUUCGGAACCUUGGACGAUUGAGACUGCCAAGCGUAUCUUUCCUGUUCUCCUCCUUUGUCUUUUCUCUGGGAACUGUGUGUCCGCAAGUGGUUUCGUGAUGAGCUCUUCGAAUUUACAGAAGCCCCUCCCGCUCCCCAAUAUCAUCGGGCAUCGUGGUGCGAAAUCAGUUGCACCAGAGAACACGCUUGCCUCGAUUCGGGCCGCCAAGAGACUGGGCUGUACCUUCGUGGAAGUGGACGUGAUGCUUUCGAACGAUAAGGUAGCCUGCAUCCAUCAUGAUAACACGUUGGAUCGAUGCACCAAUGGACGAGGCUUCCUGUGGGACCAGAACAUCGAUGCUCUCCGCUCCUUGGACGCUGGCUCUUGGUUUGACAAGGAGUUCGCUGGCGAGAAGCUGCCGCUCUUGUCCGAGGUGAUCCAGACCUGCAGGGAUCUCAACCUCGGACUGAACCUGGAGAUCAAACACGCGACUGACAAGGCCACGGACGUUCCCACUCCUGAGGAGAGGGAGAGGGAGAUCGAGCUCGCCGAGAAGGUGUGCGUUGACAUCGUAGACCUGGAGGCCGAUCCCUCCAGCAUCGUGUU